UCCACGCUAUUUGAAGGUGGACUGGACUCCAAUUUGAUUGUUUAGAGCCUCGGCUCUGUACAAACCGCACCCUUCUAUUUGAGUUUCAACGAUCUAAACAAAAGAAUCCCAUUUCCCGUCAUUUCUGUCUGAACUCCAUUCUGCUUCCCGUAAAAGGUGGCCACCAUGAAAACCAAAACCCUAGUUCUAGAUAUGCUUCUCACUCAUAGGUUCCGUAAAUAUAAACCCUAACCGUAUUUCCUUCUUCCUCUUUCAUGGUAGUUAUCGAUGCCUGAUUCUCCAAAUUAUGGACCUUACUGUAGAUUCUAACCAUCUUCAUGGCGUGUUUUUCUUUUAUGGAUGAAUUACCCUAAGAAUUAACCCUAAUAAUCCUUCCAUGGCGAAUAUUGAGCUAAAGGACCGUACAGUUCUUGAAGUGGUUGCAGAGUUCGAUCCCUUUGCGACUUCAGGUUUUCGACCAUUAACUCCUCGUCUAAUUCGUUCUCUGUCCGUCGCUGUGAAAAAUUCUUCUGAAACGCUGGUUUAUGUUGGCACGAUUGAUGGUAAGGUCAUUUUGCUCUCCUUUAAUUCUUCAUCCAAGACCACUUCUUUCGUCAAAUCUGUAAAUGUGAGUAGUAGCUCGAUUGUUUCGAUUCAUAUUUUAGCUGGAAUAGGUCGAAUUGUAGGGUUAACAGAUAACUAUGUCUUCUCCUUUGAUUCUUAUUUGACUGAGCCUAUGCGUAGAAUAGGGUUUUUGAAAGGGGCAAGUGUUCUAGCAAUGAGAUAUCGAUCCCCCAAUCCUGAAAACUCCAAGGAAUCAAAGGAUCUCAGAGGACCUAGUGUUAAUGGCACAAGGGUAAGGUUUUUGGAGCCGAUAUCUUCGCAGUUUGCUGCAGUAGUUGGAAAGAAACUAAUAUUGUUUGAGAUACGUUUAUCUGGUAGAAGUGAUCGGAACAUUGAUUUUUCGGGGAAAAUAUAUGAAUUUGGGAGCUUUUAUGCCUCCAUUCUUAAGGAUUUUCAGUGUGCUGAUGGGAUCUCAACCAUGGCUUGGAUCGACGACUCUGUAAUUGUUGGCACAAAUGGUGGAUAUACACUUAUUUCUAGUAUUACAGGAAGGGAUACACUCAUUUUUUCACUACCUGAAUCAUCGGGUCACCCAUAUUUGAAGCCAUUUCCAAUGCAUCGGGAAUUGUUAUUAUUGGUUGACAAUGUUGGGGUUAUUGUUGAUGGUCAUGGGAACCCAAUUGGGGGAAGCUUGAUUUUCAGAAGCAAUCCUGAAUCUAUUGGUCGAACUAAGACACAUGUGGUAGCUGCAAGCAAUGGAAGGUUGGAUGUUUAUCAUAGAAAGACUGGUUCUAGGGUUCAAUCCAUAGUGCUGGCCAGCCAUGGAAGUGGUGGUCCUUUGGUUAUGGCCAAUGAUGAGAGUGGGAGUGGAGAACUUCUCAUGGUUUCUAUGGCUUCUAAGAUUUGUUUCCUGUCUCAAGCGUCUGCAGAAGAACAGAUUAAGGACUUGUUGAGGAAGAAAUUUUUUAAAGAAGCCAUUUCCUUGAUAGAAGAACUGGAAUGUGAAGGUGACAUGACGAAAGAAAUUUGUUCUUUUGUGCAUGCCCAAGUGGGUUUCUUGUUGCUUUUUGACUUGCAUUUCGAGGAAGCAGUGAACCAUUUUUUGCAGUCAGAUACAAUGCAGCCAUCUGAGAUCUUUCCAUUCAUAAUGCGAGAUCCAAAUCGCUGGUCACUUUUGGUACCUAGGAAUCGUUACUGGGGCUUGCAUCCUCCUCCGAUACCUCUUGAAGAUGUUGUGGACAAUGGUUUGAUGGCUAUUCAAAGAGAAAUAUUUUUACGGAAGGCUGGAGUGGACACGGGAGCAGAUGAUGGUGUUCUUUUGAGUCCUCCGAGCAGGGCUGAGUUAUUGGAAUCAGCCAUCCAAAACAUUGUUAGGUAUUUAGAGGUCUCACGAAAUAAGGAUUUGGACUCUUCGGUGAAGGAGGGAGUAGAUACCCUUCUGAUGUAUCUGUAUAGAGCCCUCAAUCUUCAUGUAGAAAUGGAGAAGCUGGCAUCAUCUCAGAACAAUUGUGUUGUGGAGGAGUUAGAGACUCUUUUAGAAGACUCUGGGCAUUUACGAACACUUGCUUAUCUUUAUGCAAGUAAAGGGAUGUGCUCAAAGGCCCUGGAUAUUUGGCGUAUCUUGGCACGCAAUUACUCAGCUGGCCUUUUGAAAGACCCCCCAGCUGGACUGGAUGUUCAGUAUAGUUUUAUGAAAUCAUUGUCCGGCCAGUGGGCUGCUGCAACAGAAGCAUCACAUCUUCUUGAGGAGUCUUCUGACCAAAAGUUGGUCCUGCAACAUUUAGAAUGGAUUGCUGAUGUUGAUCAGGAGCUUGCAGUUAGGGUUUUAACUUCAAAGAAAAGGAUUGAUCAGCUUUCUCCAGAUGAAGUACUUGCAUCUAUAGAUCCUAAAAAAGUGGAGGUUCACCAGAGGUAUCUGCAGUGGUUGAUAGAAGAUCAAGGUUCAGAUGAGUCUUAUUUUCAUACAAUGUAUGCCCUUUCUCUUACGAAGGCAGUGAUUGAGACCUUCCAAAUGGAAAGCAGUCAUCAAAACCUAGAGCCUUGCAGUGGAGAGAGGAUCACCUUGUCUGAUGGUGAAAGUAGCUCUCAUUUUAGCAUUUCAAUCAGAGAGAAAUUGCAGUUAUUUUUACAGUCUUCUGACUUAUAUGAUGCCGAAGCUGUUCUUGAUUUGAUUGAAGGAUCUAAACUUUGGUUAGAAAAGGCAAUUUUAUACCGAAAGUUGGGACAAGAGUUCUUGGUACUCCAGAUUUUGGCAUUGAAGCUGGAGGACAGUGAAGCAGCAGAGAGAUAUUGUGAAGAGAUUGGUCGAAAUGAUGCUUACAUGCAGUUACUUGAUAUGUAUCUGGAUCCACAGAAUGGUAAAGAGCCUAUGUAUAAUGCUGCUGUACGACUUCUCCAUAAUCAUGGCGAAUCUCUGGAUCCACUUCAAGUGCUAGAGACAUUAUCCCCAGAUAUGCCACUCCAACUUGCUUCUGAAACGAUACAGAGAAUGUUAAGAGCUCGGGUUCAUCAUCAUCACCAAGGGCAGAUAGUGCAUAAGCUAUCACGUGCCAUAAAUUUGGACAGUAAGCUUGCCAGAUAUGAAGAGAGAUCGAGGCAUGUUCAGAUCCAUGAUGAGAGUGUCUGUGAUUCCUGCCAUGUGCGCCUGGGUACCAAACUCUUUGCCAUCUAUCCCAAUGAUUCAGUUGUCUGUUACAAGUGUUUCCGCCGUAGUGGGGAACACAUUUGCCCUGUGACUGGGCGGGACUUCAAAAGAGAGGUGAUAUUCAAGCCUGGAUGGCUUGUGAAGAAACCCUAAGAGGAAGCAUAUACUGUGAAAAAUGAAAGCCGAUUAGGUUACACUGUGCCCCAAUCAUUGAUUUGCAUGGGUUUUCGACUGGUUUCUGAUGGGACUUGUUGCUGGAACUGAAGGUUUUGCCGAAAAACAAAGAGAAGGGGUGCUGAAAAGUUGGUGGUGACUGGUAAAUUGGGGUUAAAAUGGUACACUAUGGUAUGGGGGUGUGUACUAAAGGUAAGAAUUUGGAAGGUUGGAGGGACUACUUGUACAGCAACAUGUUCUGUUGUGUGUGGUAUUGAAUGGUCGAUAUCAUCCCAAAAGGAUAUUUAGAGGGUCCUGAUUUUCCUUUUGUUGUGAGAAACUUAAUUUGGACCCUUCAUUUCGGGGCGCUCGGAAAUUUUAGGGUAGAUGAUUAUUAUGUAAUAUGUUUGACAAGCAGUGUAGUGAAUUUCCAUGCUAAACUUGGAUUUAGAAAUUUGAAAGGUUGGCUGAGGUGUCUCUCUC